UCGAAACUCAAACACAAAUCCAUUUCCUUACUAAAACCUGAUCUUUUUACCAGGAAAACAAUCUCGAAUUUAAAGCUUAUCUCUCUUUCUUUGCGGGAUUAAACAUCUGCAGGUAAACACUAAAAUAUCAGGAACAAGAGAAGUAAAGAAAAAGAGAAAUACAGUUUGUCAUGGCUUCCUCCAGCAGUGUCCUGUGUGAAGAUCAGCUCCAGUGUCCCAUCUGUCUGGAUGUGUUUACUGAUCCAGUCUCUACUCCAUGUGGACACAACUUCUGUAUGAUCUGUCUCAAAGAGUUCUGGGACAGCAGUUCACACUGCCAGUGUCCAGUGUGUAAAACUGAUUUUCCAAAAAGACCUGAGUUAUGUGUGAAUAUGUUCAUCUCUGCACUUGCUGCUCCAUUUAAGAAGUCAGUUCAGGUGAAAUCCAGUAUUGCUACAGAAAAACCCACCCAAUCUCUGGUGUUCUGUGAGGCUUGCUGUGAAAAGAAAUGUACAGCUGUGAAGUCCUGCCUGAUCUGUAUGGCCUCUUACUGCAAAACUCACCUGGAGCCUCAUGAGAGAGUUUCUUCAUUAAAAAAGCACAAACUGAUGGAGCCUGUGGAGAACCUGGAGGUCUAUGUCUGUCUGAAACAUGAGAGACCCCUGGAGCUGUUCUGUAGAGAUGACCAGACAUGUGUGUGUCAGUUCUGUACUGAGGGAGAGCACAAAACUCAUAACACUGUUCCUCUAGAGGAGGAGAGUGAAGAGAAGAAGAUUCAGUUGGCAAAGACACAAACAGAAGUUCAGCAGAUGAUCCAGGAGCGACUGAAGAAGGUUGAGGAACUCAAACACUCUGUAAAACUCAAUAAAAAAACAACAGAGAAGGAGAAAUCAGACUUUGUGGAGAUCUUCAGUAAUCUGAUCCACUGCAUUGAGAGAAGCCAGGCUGAGCUGCUUAAGGUGAUGGAGGAGCAGCAGAAAGCAGCAAAGAGGCGGGCUGAAGAGUUCAUCAAAGAGCUGGAGCAGGAAAUCACUGAGCUAAAGAAGAGAAACACUGAGCUGGAGAAGCUCUCACACACUGAGGAUCACCUCCACCUCCUACAGAUUUACCCGUCACUCUGCAGCCCUCCACACACCCAGGACUGGACUGAUGUCAGAAUUAACACUCACAUGAGUGUGGAGACUCUGUCUCAGCUUCAGGAAACUUUCAGAGAGGAAAUGGAGAAGAUUCCUGAGAUCAAACUGAGGAGAAUUCAACAAUAUGCAGUGGAUGUGACUCUGGAUCCUGAUACAGCAAAUCCUUAUCUCAUCCUAUCUGAUGAUGGGAAACAAGUUACAUGUGGAGACACAGAUCAGAAUCUCUCUGACAAUCCAGAGAGGUUUGAUCGUUAUCCCAGUGUGUUGGGAAAGGAGGGAUUCACCUCAGGAAGAUUUUACUUUGAGGUGAAGGUCAGAGGGAAGACUAAGUGGGAUUUAGGAGUGGUCAAAGUGUCCGCUAACAGAAAAGGGGAGAUUGUAGGCAAACCUGAGAAUGGAUAUUGGCGUGUGUUUCUGAGGAAUGAGACUGAAUAUCAGGCUCAGGACUCUCCUCCUGUCUCCCUCUCCUUGAAACAGGCUCCUCAGAAGGUGGGAGUGUUUGUUGAUUAUAAGGAGGGUCUGAUCUCCUUCUAUGAUGUUGAUGAAAAAUCUCUUAUCUACUCUUUCACUGGUCAGACUUUCACUGAGAAACUUUAUCCCCUUUUCUGCCCGUGUCUUAAUGAUGGUGGUAAAAAUUCAGCACCACUCAUCAUCUGUCCUGUUAAUCAAAUCUAAUAUAAAUUUUUAAAACUGAUUUAUUUCUUUCUUAAUAAAAAAAUGAACAGAAUGUUA